AACAUGAGGAGCAAGUGUUUGUGUCAGAUCUGUACCUGCGGGCGACAUCACUGUCCACAUGGAACCACAAGGAUUUAUGAAAAUUUUGGCUUGUCUUGCCCCACAACUGAAUACUUGGAAAAGUAUCCCAUGUAUGGCAAUGUUCUUCCACCACAGAGUCUUAAACCUAAGCAAGAAUUUCGAGCAUGCCGUGGUAAAAUGGAAGGAAUAACUACAUUUAAAUCAGAUUAUCGUCCUUAUGAAAUAGUCAAACAGCCUCGCCACAUACCAGAAGAAUAUAAACCAAAACAAGGGAAGAUUGAUCUUGGUACUACCUACAAACGAGAUUUUAAUUCUUAUAAAGUGCAGCCUGUGGUAAUAGUCCGGCCUUUGGAAAGACAACAAGUUAAAAAAGGGAAGUUGGACACUGUCCCAACCUAUAAAGAUGAUUAUAGAUCUUGGGGCAUUCAGAAAAGUGAACUUUAUAAACCAGAACAAACUUAUCAUCCCCCAACUGUGAAAUUUGGAAAUUCAACUACCUUUCAGGAUGACUAUGUUCCUCAGGAGAUAAAACCGAGGCAAAGCUUUAAGCCCUUCUCUGUGGUCAAGCGUUCUACAGCCCCUUUUAAUGGUGAUACAAGUCAUCGCAUUGAUUAUGUACCUCAUCAGCUAGAAAUCAAGUUUGAAAAGCCAAAAGAAGUUUACAAGCCAACUGACCAACCUUUUGAGGAUCUCACAACUCACCGGAAUGACUUUCAGGGUCUUGUUGGUGAAACUGCAAAAAUCUGCAGACCUGCCCACACCAGAGUGACCCAAAGUGCUCAAUUUGAAGGAAACACUGAAUUCCGGGAAAGUUUCCAACCAUGGGAAAUCCCACCACCAGAAGUCAAGAAAGUACCAGAGUAUGUGCCCCCUACAGGCAGCAUGCAGUUAAACAGCACAAGCCACCUUGACUAUGUUCCCUAUCAGGCCAACCGUGUUGUUCCCAUCAGGCCAGUUUCUCACAGAAGAAAAAACAAUUUUCCUUUCCAAGGAAAAAGCACCAUGAAGGAAGAUUUUCCAGUAUGGGAAAUUUGUCGUCAAGGGCUCAUUAAGCAGCAGCAGCAGAUUCCCAACCCUUCUGGAAAAUUUGAUGGUUUGAGCACUUUCAGAUCUCACUAUGUGCCACAUGAAUUGAUUCCAACAGAGAGUUGCAAACCUUUAAAUGUUGCUCUUAAGAGUUCUGUUCCAUUCGAUGAUAUCACUAUGUAUUCUAUAGAGUACACACCAAAGAAACAGGAAAUCUGCCCAGCUAGCUAUCCCUCUCCUCCAGGCUAUAUAUUUGAAAAUACAAAUUCCCAAGGCCAUAAAUUCUUCCGCAAGAUCACUCCUGCAGUGAAAGCCUCCUAAUCAUCAAAUUAUACUUAAAAGGAAGCUAACUACAAGGUAUUGAUUUUUCAAGGGAAAACCUGAUUUUUAUAGUGAAAAAACUAUAAGAUAAACAUGAUUUUUCAGAUUUUUAAACAAAAUUGGAAAAUGUAUUAUAGGAGAUCAGAAUCUUAAAAUCAAKUUUUUACUGAUAUUUUAAUCAAGAUUGUGUUAAUUUGCAUUUCUGAAUGUUGAAUAAUGUACAUUUCCAUCUGAACUACUUUAAUAUUUAGCAUACUGUUUGAUAUUUUAUCCUUAAUCUAUUAUCAUUUGCACUUCUGUUUAUAAUUAUGGCAAUUAUGUGGUUAUAAAGGUCAUAUACCAGUUACCACUUAUCAAGAACAUUGGGACCAUCAACAGCAACACUGAAACAACAACAUAUGGAUUUCUCUUCCGAAACAGUACGAUUCAGUUUCCUCAGAUUUUAAGGCACCCAGGUAGUGUACGCCAAGUCAAGUUUUGGGGCAGUGCUGGAGACCACUCCUCACUACACUGAAGUUAGUAAGAAACAUUGCAACAUGACAGCUUUUGGGGGCUGGAAAUCAGAGCACAUGAGCUCAAAUCCUACUGCCAUCAAUUUCUAUUUGUGCCACCUUAAGCAGGUGCCUCAUGUCUCUGAGCUUCUUUGUCUUCAUUUGUAGAAGAAUAUCUCUUCUGCCUACCACACUGUUUGUUUUGAGCAUYAGAUGAUAUGAUGCAUCUUAAUCCAUAAAGUAAAAGUACAAAU